AUGUCUUGGCAGCCUCCGUACCCAGCUGGCUCAGUGCCGCCUCCCGGAUAUCCCGCUGGCAGCGUCCCGCCGCCUGGUUAUCCCACGGGAGCGUAUGUCCCGCCGGGAUAUCCAGCGGGAGCUGUGCCUGGACAUGGACACGGGCAUGAUCACCACGACGGUCACCACUAUGUGCCACCUCCGACGCAUCACGACCAUCACCACCACUCACCGAUACCGCCGCAUCGGGACGGUCAUCACGGGAUUGUUCACGAUGUUCUGUUUGGGAAGCAUCACGACAGUCAUCAUGGUGGACACGGACAUGGACACGGUCAUGGGCAUCAUUAA